AUGAUUUAUUACUAUCCAAAUACAACAGUUGCUCCGACACCAUCACCCAGUACUCAAAAGGUAAGAUGCGAAUAUUUUUCAAAUGGUUUCGAAAUUACUAGUUCCGUACAUAUCGAGUGCUUGGGUAAUGGUGCAACUUAUUGUGAAACUGACAAAGGUUCAACUUGCAGCACUGAUUCACCAUAUGGUUCAGUUAAUUGCACCACCAAAUCAGAUCUAUGA